AUGUCCACCCUCGACUGGCUCCAAAUCGGCGCCCCGACCCUCGACCGCCCCUUCGGCCUAGCCCUCUGGCCCAUCUUCUCAAAAUGCUUCCAAGCAGUCCGCCCCUACAAACCCGAGCACUUCCGCUUCGAGCCAGGCUCGACACCCAUGGCGAGCAUUUACGAGACCGGCGGGUUUCUGAUAGCAUAUUACCUCAUAAUCUUCGGUGGAAGGGAAUUCAUGAAGGACCGGCAGCCGAUGAAAUUGAAUGGGCUGUUCAAGAUCCAUAACUUUUAUUUGACGGCGAUUAGUGGGGUGUUGCUGUUGUUGUAUCUGGAGCAGUUGAUCCCGACUUUAUUCAGACGGGGUGUAUUCUAUGCUAUUUGUGAUUAUAACGGUGGAUGGACUCCUCAGCUUGUGGUGUUAUACUACCUCAACUACCUUACCAAAUACCUCGAACUUCUCGACACCGUCUUCCUCUUCCUCAAGAAGAAGCCCCUCACCUUCCUCCACACCUACCACCACGGCGCCACGGCCCUCCUCUGCUACACCCAACUCCUCGGCCACACCGCCGUCUCCUGGGUGCCCAUCGUCCUGAACCUGACCGUCCACGUGGUCAUGUACUGGUACUACUUCCAAUCGGCGCGCGGCAUCAAGAUCUGGUGGAAGAAAUACAUCACCAUGCUUCAAAUCAUCCAAUUCGUCAUCGAUCUCGGCUUCAUCUACUUCGCAUCCUACACGUACUUCAGCGCGAGUUACUUCUCCUGGCUCCCCACAGCCGGAAUCUGCGCAGGAGAGGAGUUCGCGGCUUUCGCGGGCAUGGCGAUCAUCACGAGCUACCUCUUCCUCUUCAUCGGAUUCUACAUCUCGACGUACAAGAAGCCGAUCAAGAAGGGUCGUGGUAGGGCCACGAGCGCGCUGGUGGAGAUGAAGGAUGAGCAAUUGCCUGACAUCAAGGAGGUGAGGAGGAGACUGUCGGGUGGUCAGCUGAGUUUGGCGCAGAAUACUGGUGUUAGCACUGGCAAGGAGAACGGGACGGCCAAUGGCAGGACCGCGCGAUCGAGGAAGGCUUAG